CAGAUCAACGGUUACGAAGCUAGGGUUUGGAGGCUGCUCAUUCUUCUUCGUUUGCAUCCGAGCUACCCUGCCGAAAAUGCCGAAGCAGAUUCAUGAGAUAAAGGACUUCCUGCUCACAGCCAGGAGAAAGGAUGCUCAGUCUGUGAAGAUCAAGAAGAGUAAAGAUGUUGUCAAGUUCAAGGUCAGGUGCUCGAAAUACCUCUACACCCUCUGUGUAUUUGACCUCGAGAAGGCUGACAAGUUGAAGCAAUCCCUUCCACCAGGUCUGAACGUGCAGGACCUUUGAAGCUGCAACGUGCCGCCUUUGGAUUGUUGUAGCACUUUUGCAAGUGAUUUUGCUUGAGCUUUUUCUUAAUAUUUGAUUUAAACACUGUUUAAAUAGGGUUUGGGAAUAUUUAUGGUGAGCUUUUUCUUUUGCACUGUUUCUGACGUUCUUACCAGCAUAUGGAUUAAAAAUCAUCCUUUAUUCUCUUA